UCCUCUCCACCCGCACCGCCCCUCAGCUACCGACCCACGCACCCCGCGCCAGCGCCACCCAGACCUCAGCCCACAGCUCAUAACACACCCUGGCCUACGCACGCCCAUCAUAUCACCCCCCAGCAGCGUCCCCGACCUCGCCCAGAUUUCGAGCCCUGGACCGCCUCGCCCGCAUUUUUCCAUCACCGGCCCGGGAUGCGUCGAUGGGCUGCCACUUUCUCAGGCGACAACCAUCGUAACGGCACGUUGCGAGCGUCCCUCCUUCUCAAACGAGGCUCCAUGAUCCAGCACCGAUUAGGCGUGCGCCGCUCCGGGCCUCGCGCUUCUUGGGGUCGAGCCAUGCGUCGCGAGCGUGGCCCAGCCACCUUCCGACGACGCUAUGCCGGAGUGUUUCUCAAUCGGGGUCGCGCUCGACGCACUCAAACCGAGUCGGCGGGCGCGUCUCGUGGGGCGAGCCGAAACACCACUCUGUCUAAAGAGGAGCUGGAUACUCAAUUGGACCAAUAUAUGUCUCGCACUAAACAUGCCUUGGACCAAGAUCUGGUGGCGUAUCGUCAAUCUGGAGGAGCAAGUUAAUAGCCCAACCAUCACAGAGUGGAGUGGUGGAUUAUUUCAGUUUUGUCCAUGAAAAAUCAGUGAGGCACUUGGGCCAGAAUUCGUGCCGGAUUGUCCACCAGGAUCUUGUGAAUGGUCUCGGCGGUGAAGCCUUUGUGAGCCUUCAUUUUCGGAAUGGCAUGGUCCAAUAAAUGUGCGAAUCCGUGCCCACCAUAUUGUUCCUAAA